AUGGGAAGAGGCGGUGCGAUCUACCUCAGCUAUACGGCUCUGGUGCUCUUAUCAGCGGUCUCCAAAGCCAGCGCGGGCCUCUGGGACGUCUCGAUUGAUCUCAGUCCUGCACCGAGUCCGGAAGACGGGCCUCCAUUUUCAGCACACGCCAGUCGCGAUAGAAGCCUUCUACCAUACCAGAUCAUCGGCAUCGUAGCUUCGUACCUGGGAUUCGUCUUGAUACUCGGCACCCUGCUUCUCACUGUUGGACGGAAGGCGCGAAAGGAAGCGCAAACGAGGGCAGAACAACCGACGGAGAUGACGGAAAACAUGGGCAAGGCAUUCGACGCGAGUCCUGUCAAAAGUCCCGGAAGUUUACGCAGUUGGGUGCGCAAGAAGAAGAGCACAACGAGCAGCAUCAGGAGCGGGACAAGUCACAACUAUGGAUCGCCGGGCAUGGCCAGUGUUGCGAGCUUCGAUCCCAAUGUGAUUCAACAGCAAAGGCAUCAACAGGAGGAAGAUAUGAGCCGGAUCUACGGAGCUUAUUUCGAGUACGAGGAGCAGAAGAUGCGAACCGCAGUCUCAACAGAGGAAGUUCAACCAGCAUCGCCUCAGUACGUUCGGUCCAAGCCACAACUGAGGGUGAAUCCCGACCUGGAGAGGGUUCAAACCAUGGGUUCGUACCCUCCUCAGAGUCCUCUGAGUCCCACCACACCGAGAUCCAUUCGAGCCAUCUACCCUCCAUCCCAACAGCUGCCACGGGGUGGCCCAUUGUCGCCCACAUCGUCUGCACCGCCCCAGUCUCCACUGCGAGAAACAAGAAUAGCAAGGGCUUCGUCUAUCGGCAGCGGCAAGACCAUUGGCUCUGACAGAAGCCCAGGCCCAAACAAGCUGCAAAAGUCCAUCCGCGGUGGCAUUCGCAACCUCAAGAUCAGUGGGCCAUAUCGUGGCAAUGACGAUAACGACGAUGGUGCUCGAACUCCUCUGUCUCCUGGCACAUUUGAAACGGCAGAGGGAGCACCAUCGCCACCUAUUGGCACCACCGCUGACAGUGCGAUAACACCCACCACGGCUGGCACUGGCAGGACCGUGCCAUACCCUUACACCCACGACGAGCGCCUGGAGGAGAUCCGUGAUCUGCCACAUCCAAAUCCGCAACGCAUAGGCAAUCCCAUCUAUGAAAACGAGGCACAGGUUCUGACAGACACUGCUUCGACUCGUCCAGAUCCGACUGGAGCAGCACUGACAGGCCGACGCAUUAAUACAUCUGCUGCCAGCGUCGACAAACCACUCCCGCUGAGAGCGUAUGGUUCGUCGCGGACGCUUGCAACGCAAAACCAAUCACCCAUGUCACCUUCCAGCUACUGGAUGCAGGGCGGCGACAUAAGGAGCCCAACCAAGGUCACAGAACUUGAGGUGGGCGCAAACCGACUCGCUGGUAUUGCGUCGCCGCUGCGAAGUGCGUAUGAGGCUCCAACCCCUCGAACGCCUUUCACGCCGCACUUCAUGACCAAGGCUGAGAGGAAGCAGAAGAAUAAGGAGGAGAAGGCAUUGAAGGGAGCGAUUACUGAAGAAGAUCAAGUUGCAGACGAGAAAGACUUGUGGUCGAGCGGAUACUGA